AUGGCAGGCUUUAAGGAGGAUCCCCUACCUGGCGUGAAUGUCUGCCCGGACGAGAAUUACGCGACCUUGGUUCACGCUCUGGUACGGGGCCCCGAUGGCACGCCCUACGAAGGUGGACUCUUCCACUUCGUGCUUUAUGCGAAGGGCAACUAUCCGCAUGAGCCGCCUUUGGCGCGGCUGAUGACCACGGGCCAGGGGACAGUCCGCUUCAACCCGCAGUUUUAUACGUCUGGGAAGGUCUGUCUGUCCAUUUUGCAUACCUGGCCUGGUCCGGGCUGGAAUCCAUCCUUCACUUUAAGGGUGGUUCUGCUUCAGCUCCAGGCCCUGAUGAACGACCAGCCUGCUCUGAACGAGCCCGGCGUGAUGAUCAUGAGCAACCCCGAAGACUACAACGCCUACUUGAGACACGAGACCUUGAGAGUUGCCGUCUUGGGCCUCCUGGAGCACUGCAGCCAUCGCGUCGCCGCCCAGAAGGCGCCGGAGGAAGAGGAGGCAGAGGCGGAGAAGCUGCCUCCGAUGCCUCGGGAGCUGGCGGAAGUGGCUUUGGCAGUCUUGCUGCAGGAUGCCGCGAAGGCGGAGCAGCGAUGCCGGGAGCUGGCCGCGAAGACCCCCGAUGGCUUCAUGUUGCCCGGAGUGCCUCGGGCGGUGCGUGCCGAGUAUUCCAGCAUGGCCUCACGGCUCCGGGCCUUGCGGAGUCGUCCCUCCAGCGGCCGAGCGGAAGCAGCGGAAGGAGGGGAAACGCCGGAGGAGCCCGAGAAGGAGGCAUCCGGGGUCGCGGCAGCCGAGCGUGCGCCGGACAUGGAAGAGACCGAGGAGCCAGAGUGCCGCAUCUGCGGUGGUGGGAGCGAGGAUGGAGAGCUGCUGCAGCCCUGCGGUUGUUCUGGCAGCAUGGCGUAUGUGCAUCGUGCAUGUGCGGCAGAAUGGAUCCGCCGAAAUCAGUCCCCGGUGUGUCCAAUCUGCGGACAGGCCUACCGAGAUCCUGUGCUGCGCACACUUGGGAUGCUGGGUCGCUAUCGGCGGAGAUGUGUGGAGCUUGGAAAGCUGGCCAGUUGCAUUGGAGUCGCAGUCGCCUGCUUGAUUUUCCAAAUGGCAUCGAGCUCUGGGCUCCUGCCCGUGGAGAUCGCUCCGUGGGAACUGAGCCGCUGGAGGGUGGAGCCUGCGCCCCGUGCCGUGGCUGGCGAGGCAGACUCGCGCACUGGCACUCUCUUCGGGGCAGCUCGGCGAGCCGCCACCGGUCGAACUGGCGGCGAAUGGGAGCUGCCAGGUCCCAGCGAAUCUCUCUCCGAGGAGCAAGCACUCUUCAUUCCGGAUGAUGGCAAUGUGCCAGACCUCCAGCUCGCCCCUCCUUACAGGCUGAGUGGCCGUUGGUUACGGCCGGCGCUAGAUGCUCGAGAUCGCUGGAGGGAGCCUCUGGUGCAGGAGCUUGUGUUCCACCCCCUCACACCUUGGAGCACAAGAACAAUUCCCGUGCCGGUGCGCUUCGAGGCUUUGGCGCGGCAGCUGCAGCAGCGUCGGUUCUUCCAAAAGAGGCCAGCACGAUUAACGAGAGUCUUGAGCCACUGGCAGCAGCAGACGGCCGCCGAGCAGGUGCGACGCCAGUCCAAGAAGGAGGCGGAGCCGAACCACCUUGGGAGAGGUCGUGGAUACAUAGGGACUGCAGCGAGGCUGCGAUGUUGGCUUCGCGAUGCCUUGGAGCCCGCUCCAGCGGUCACUGUCCAGCUGCGGCCCCCGCUCUCUGCAGCCGUGGCUGCCUCCCUGGUGCUCUUCGCCUGGCAAGCAGUGGGCGCCAGGUCUUUCUUCUGGAUGCUCAUGUGCUGCCACUUGGGGUCCAGAUGGUUUCCAUUCCCGCUGGUGGCAGCCACUGCAGUUUCCGCGAACCUGAUGCGCUAUCAGGUGAAGCGGCGUCUGGCCCGGCUGAAUAUGAUGCGCAUCAGAUCCCAGCUGGAGUCGGACGCGCUGAUCCUUCUUCUCCUGCUCUUCGGAGCCUCCUGUGCAGGCGAAGGCCAAGGGGGCAUCAGUGGCGUGCUGCAUCUGGCGACUCAGCGUAGCAAGGGGCUGCCGACCCCAGCCGAGUUGCAGGAUCGGCCUCUGUCGGCCUCUGCUGCCGGCGUAUCGUGGACGUUGUUAGUGCUGGUUUCGCUUGUGGCGAUGACCACCGUCGCAAGACGGCCCUUACCACCUGAAGGUGCGACUCCUCAAGCUCGAGGUCUCGAAGCCCUCGGACCCCUUCUGCAUGGACUGCUUUGGGCAGCAUGUGGUGCUCUGCUCUGCCUCACCGUGGCGGCGCCUGUUCUUACAACCAUUGUGAGAGGCGAGUGA